GAAUCAACGCGUCGACGUCAUUUCCGGCGUCUCCUGCGCUUUUUCCGCUCUCGGGUAGUGACAGUUUGUACCGCGUGUUCACCGCCAGAUGAAAGAGUCAAUAAUGAAUCAGGAGAAGCUGGUCAAACUGCAGGCCCAGGUCCGCAUAGGUGGGAAGGGGUCAGCUCGGAGAAAGAAGAAGGUUGUGCACAGAACAGCCACAGCAGAUGACAAAAAGCUGCAGUUUUCCCUAAAGAAACUAGGAGUAAACAACAUCUCUGGAAUUGAGGAGGUGAACAUGUUUACAAACCAGGGGACAGUGAUCCACUUUAACAACCCAAAAGUCCAGGCCUCAUUGGGCGCCAACACCUUCACCAUCACAGGACAUGCUGAGAACAAGCAGCUGACCGAAAUGCUUCCGGGGAUCCUCAGUCAGUUAGGCGCCGACAGCCUGACCAGCCUCAGGAGACUCGCCGAGAGCCUUCCCAAAGCCGUGGGAGAGCACAAAGUCCCCGUCGCUGCUGCUGAAGACGAGGAGGAUGAAGUUCCAGAUCUUGUGGAAAACUUUGAUGAAGCCUCAAAGAAUGAAGCGAAUUAACCAGGAAACAUUUUAAAGCUUCUCUGGACCCUCUGUGCAUUGGAACACAACAGUGUUCUUGUUGUCAAAUUCUGAUUUGCUUAUAUAUACUUGCCAUAAAGCUAAAAUAUUUUACAGCAGCUUAAAUGUUGUCAAACCAUUUUUGCAGCAUGGAAGUUUUUAUUUUAAUUGCACACUUAUCUUUUUGGCUCUGGGUUUCCUAUCAUAAGACGUAUUGGUUUUUUUAUUAAAUAAAGCAUAAGAAUAUUUAUUAA